CAAAUUAUCAUAUACUCGAAGAUGAUUCAAUCUCACUCCCACAUUCCUUUCACCUUCUCCGGCUCCGAUACCAUUCGCUCUCUCCGGCGGCUCUGCCUAUCGCCGCCAUUUAGAUUGAGAUCGUAGCUCAUCUCAUAACUUAUCUAAAAAUUAGAAGACUUAGAAGCUGUGACGUGUGGCAAUGGAAGAGAUCAGGAAAGAGAUAGACGUCGGUGACUGGCAUUCGAAUCUCCCCCACGACGAGUGGACGCCGCUCACUGUUCCUGGCUCACGAGCAUCGGCUCGGUACAAGCAUGCGGCGGUGGCUGUUGAUGAGAAGCUCUACAUUGUCGGUGGAAGCCGUAACGGCCGAUACUUAUCUGAUGUCCAGGUGUUUGAUCUUAGAAGUUUGACUUGGGAUAGUUUUAAACUGAUAACUGGAGACGGUGAUGGUAGCUUAGGGGAAGCUUUUCCUGCUAUUUCAGAUCACCGCAUGAUUAAGUGGGGAAACAGGCUUCUCCUGAUCGGUGGAUACUCCAAGAAUCAAUCAGAUAACAUGUCAGUGCGGUUCAUUGAUUUGGAAACGCAUCUGUGUGGAGUCGUUGAUGCCUCCGGGAAUGUUCCGGUAUCACGCGGUGGACAUUCCAUUACGCUGGUAGGUUCCCGAGUUUUUGUGUUUGGUGGGGAAGAUAAGAAAAGGAGGCUCCUGAAUGAUCUGCAUGUUCUUGAUCUCGAGACAAUGACUUGGGAUGUGGUUGAGACAUCGCAGACACGCCCAGUUCCCAGAUUUGACCACACAGCUGCUACGCAUUCCGAUCGUUACCUUUUGAUUUUUGGUGGUUGUUCUCAUUCUAUCUUCUUUAAUGAUCUUCAUAUCCUCGACUUGCAAACUAUGGAGUGGUCACAGCCUCAUGUUCAGGGAGAUGAUGUAACUCCUCGGGCAGGACACGCAGGAAUAACCAUUGACGAAAACUGGUUUAUAGUUGGGGGUGGUGAUAACAGUACCGGUUGUUUAGAGACACUUGUUCUAAAUAUGUCGAAGCUGGUUUGGUCUACAUCAACACAUGUAGGAGCAAGGCAUCCACUUGCUAGUGAGGGUCUUAGUGUGUGCUCAGCAUCAGUAUUUGGAGAGAACAUCUUAGUAGCUUUUGGCGGCUAUAACGGGAAGUAUAACAAUGAUAUAUUCGUCAUGAGACUAAAGCCCGGAGAACCAUCCUCGCAUCCCAAAAUCUUCAAGUCACCAGCAGCCGCUGCAGCUGCGGCCUCUGUCACUGCUGCUUAUGCCAUAGCCAAGUCAGAUAGUUCAGACUUUCCUCCACCACCUGCAAACCCAACUCUCAACGGAACAGGAAACAGCUUCUCUGGGAGUAAUAUCAGAAACACAAUCGAUUCCAUUAAAGAAGAAAAAAGAACUCUGGAGUCAUCUGUUGCAGAAACCCAAGUAGAAAACUCGAAGCUUAGGGAAAAGAUAGAUGAAGUUAAUAGCACCCACGCUGAACUAUCUCAAGAACUCCAAUCUGUACAAGGUCAACUUAUCUCAGAGAGGUCAAGAUGCUUUAAACUUGAGGCACAAAUAGCAGAACUGCAGAAAGCAUUGGAGUCAGGACAAUCCAUUGAAGCUGAAGUUGAGAUGCUUAGAAAACAGAAGUUAGCAGCGGAUGAAAGAGAAGACGGGACCGUGAAAAAGCAAGGCUGGGGCUGGGGUGCUAGGUAGAGAUCCCACUCAAUACAUACAUUUGAAGAAUGCUCAACGUUCGAAUCCAACAUUGGUUUAUAAUACUACUUUUGAGAGUGAGAGUGUGGGGAUAUAAGUUAUUUUUUUCUAUCUAUUACAAAAGAUUCAGAAUCAAUUUGUUUGUUAUGAAUGUGUUUUUUUUUUCACCCUCAUCUUAAAUAAAGAACUACAUUUUGCUGAUAA